AUUGGAGAGGAUUCUUUAUCGUGCUUCCAAACAAGCGGAGGACUACGACAUGUCGCCAUAAUAACACCGACCACCGUGGGAUUUCGGCAGUACCUCAAAAGUGAAGGUACUCAAAUCAAAUAUAAGACCUCUAGAAUAGCGUUGAAUUCGAAGUUCUCCGUCGCCGGCAUCGUUCCAAAGCAAGAACAUCCGCGUCCUUCAAGUUUAGCAUGGAUGGAGACUCAAGAUCUAAUUUUGAUUGGCAAGGUGUUACUCAGAGUCAACCGCCGCGCUUUUCUUACGAAAAAGAUCAAAUCGAUAACUCAGGGAAUAAGGAAAACGUCACGAGCGAGAGUGAAUCGGAUAAGAGGAAAAUCGCCGGCUUGGAAGAACCCCCGCGAAAGGCUCAAGAAGCAUCUAAAGAGGGGAAGCAGUUCUCGCUCUCUUACUGUGUCUUUCGAUGGGACCGGUAAUGAAAGCAACACAAAAGAUGAGUGUCAUGAAUUGUCGAAGGGUCAUGGGAGAAGUAAUCCGUUCAAGCGUUCCUCUCCAAUGAAAAAGCGGCGAAAAGAGGAGCAGCGAGAAGAGCGUGUCUCGUUUGAUGUAUCCAUCAGUUGGGACGAUUCGAACGCCAACGAUCCCUUCUCUAAUGAACGAGUUCUUUGCCAGAGCAAUAGGAUGAAGCGUUCUCUUUCCCGAUCCUUUGUAGGCGACUCCGAUCAGUCCCUGAAAGAAUCUUUCGCCACCGACUUUUCUGACAUAUUCUGUGGUGACAAUUCUCCUUCAACGGCCCAAGUCGAUACCUGUUCUUCUGAUUCAAUUCCUACUGAUCUUAGGCUGGGCACGAGGUUGAGACUCGUAGCCAGGAAACCGUAUCCGUGGAUGCGAGAUGUUGUAGGUCCAGGAGUAGUCCCCGUCCGUGUUACCGGUCAACAGAGACAUGAAGGACUGCAGACUUUUUUAAAAGUUGUUGGGACCGAUUUUCGCUCGCGAUCACUGUUGGACAUUCCCUCAGAUGUGUCUCAUAUGGGUUUGUUAGAAGCUGCGUGUCUCUACUGGCAGUUCCCUUGUCUUCCUUGGGUGACGGCUUAUCCUCGAAUUGAUUCGUUGGUCGGCGCGUCUACAAGUGCGACCGAGUCGAUGUCCACCAUGCCACCCUCCUGUUUGGAAGCCCUCGAUAUUCAGUGGACGGAAUGUUUCGACCAACUCUUCUUGUCAUGGAAGAAGGGCGAUCGCAGAAGCUUCUACAUGUCAUGUUCAUCAUUCACCGUUUUAUUCACGAAAAUAAGCGCCGACGAACCAGUGAUUGGAGAGGAUUCUUUAUCGUGCUUCCAAACAAGCGGAGGACUACGACAUGUCGCCAUAAUAACACCGACCACCGUGGGAUUUCGGCAGUACCUCAAAAGUGAAGGCGUUGAAUUCGAAGUUCUCCGUCGCCGGCAUCGUUCCAAAGCAAGAACAUCCGCGUCCUUCAAGUUUAGCAUGGAUGGAGACUCAAGAUCUAACUUCGAUUGGCAAGGUGUUACUCAGAGUCAACCGCCGCGCUUUUCUUACGAAAAAGAUCAAAUCGAUAACUCAGGGAAUAAGGAAAACGUCACGAGCGAGAGUGAAUCGGACAAGAGCCCAGGGAAAGCCGACUUAUCUGGAGAUCACGAAUGGCUAGAGAACAUUGGAAUGUCUCCAAGAAAAUCUGCGAAGCUCAAGAGAUAUAAAUCGCUUGGGUCUUCUUCGAACUUAUCCGAUGGUGGCCAUUCGAAGUCGGAAUUAGAGGAGAUGGCAGCGGUAUUGGUAAAAGGAGCAGACGUUCAAACGCUAUACAACUUGCUGCAAUCGUCACGAGUAUGCCGUUCAAUAGCUGGGCCACACGCCAAGUUACCUCCCACAUUAACUGCAGCUCAACCGUUUCUCUUUGCGCAGAUGCAAACGCUCAAGAAGUCUUCUCAAGUCAUUCGGCGGAAAGACAUGGAGUAUGUGCUAGAAUUGGAUGGAGGGCCUAUUAUGCCUCACACUAUACCGAUGAUGGCUGAAUUUAUCCGACGAACAGGACUUUGCGACGAUGAACUAACCGUAGUUCGCGUUUCUGAUCGUGCAGUUUGCAAUGGGAUAAACGAAGUAGAUCCUGAGUUGUGUGAUUGGAAUGAGCUCCGUGUAGGUAAAGAAAACGUUUGGUGGGACAAGCUU